AUGCUCUGCAAGAAAAGCCAAGACAAAAGAGUGUUCACUUGCCAAAGCCGUACAGAAGAGAUCCCCAUAACUCAGCUUUGCGAUGGUGUUCCUCAAUGCAGCGAUGGAUCCGAUGAGAUGUACUGCGAGACGGGUGUGGCUGAGUCCUCCAUUGUUUUUUCCUCAAAUCCGAAUCCAUCUGUUGGGCCAGAAGAUUAUGAAACGGAAUACGAAGAAAGUGCGACAGAGGAGGACAAACCGUCCUUUCCGAUGCUUUCCAUGACCCUGCCACCCGUCAUACCAGUGUAA